AUGUCCGGUUUCCCAUCCUUCAUCGCCCGGCUCGCGCGCCCCUUCACCCAAUCCACACGACUCUCCGUCGCGCCAGAAUCCUCCUCGUCGGCCCCGGGCGCCGUCCCCGAGGGCGCGCAGCGCUGCACCGUCGCGGCCGGGUGCUUCUGGGGCACGGAGCACCUGUACCGGCGCCACUUUGCGGGCAAGGGCCUGCUCGACGCCAAAGUCGGCUACAUAGGCGGCGACCUGAGCGACCCGACGUACCGUGCUGUGUGCGGUGGUAAAACCGGGCACGCCGAGGCCGCGCAAAUCAUCUUCGACCCGGAAAAGGUCACGUACCGCCAGCUGCUUGAGUUCUUCUACAAGAUGCACGACCCGACGACGCUUAACGCCCAGGGCCCCGACACGGGGCCGCAGUACCGGUCCGCCAUCUACUUCCACGACGCCGAGCAGGAGAAGGUGGCGAGGGAGGUGACGAGGCAGGUCAACGAGCAGUGGUGGAAGGGGGGCGUCGUCACCGAGCUUGCGCCCGCCGGCAGGUGGUGGACCGCCGAGGAGUAUCAUCAAGAGUAUCUGGAUAAGAACCGUGGUGGGUACGAGUGUCCCAGCCAUUUCGUGAGGCCGUUUCCUCCGCUGCAGUGA